AUGGUUUAUACGGCAUCUUUCGCUUUCUUCGAGGCCAUCUGGGAGGCGGGCGUCACGCAUUGCUUCGUGAACCUGGGCUCCGACCAUCCGAGCAUCAUUGAGGCUAUCGUCAAGGGCCAGAAUGAGAAGAAAGGCCAGUUCCCUAAAAUUGUCACCUGUCCAAAUGAGAUGGUGGCUCUUUCUAUGGCCGACGGGUAUGCCCGACUGACCGGCAAACCACAAUGCGUCAUCAUUCACGUCGAUGUCGGGACCCAGGGCCUCGGUGCCGCUGUACACAACGCCUCUACCGGGCGGGCGCCUGUAUUGAUAUUCGCGGGGCUGUCUCCCAUCACAAUCGAGGGCGAAGCGCGUGGGAGCAGGACCGAAUACAUACAUUGGAUACAAGACGUGCCGGACCAGAAGCAGAUCGUUGCGCAGUAUUGUCGGUAUACUGGCGAGAUCAAGACGGGCAAGAACGUCAAGCAGAUGGUGAAUCGCGCAUUGUCUUUUGCUAUGAGCGAUCCCCAAGGCCCUGUAUACCUGUGCGGUGCACGAGAAGCUAUGGAGGAGGACCUCACCCCGUAUCAUCUGGAUCAAGAGUUCUGGCGUCCAGUGGAACCUGCGGGCCUACCUUCAUCGGGCGUUCAGACCAUUACAGACGCGCUUGUAGGCGCCGAGGAGCCGCUCGUCAUCACCGGAUACUCUGGGAGGAACCACGAGUCGGUAAAGGAGCUUGUAAAACUCGCAGACAACGUGAAGGGGCUACGGGUACUUGACACUGGCGGCAGCGACAUGUGCUUCCCUGCUGAUCAUCCGGCCUGGCUCGGCCUGCGGUACGUCAACGAAGCGCGAGUCAGAUCUGCCGACGUGAUCCUCGUACUUGACUGCGAUGUCCCUUGGAUAAACACACAAUGCAAGCCUAAAGACGGCGCAAGAAUCUACCAUAUAGAUGUCGACCCGCUCAAGCAACAGAUGCCCGUGUUCUACAUCAAAGCACUUCAACGUUACCGCGCAGAUUCUUACACCUCUCUUUCUCAGUUAAACUCGUACCUUGACUCAAGACACAAAGAGAGGCUAUCCGGUAGCGUCUUUUCCGACCGCUGGACAGCAUUGCAAGACUCGCACAAGCAGAAACUCCAAGCGAUAGCCGCCGAAGCUGUGGUAGAUGAUAAAGGUCACUUUGGCACGCCGUACCUGAUUCAACAAGUACGGAAAAGCUGCCCCAAGGACACGAUCUGGGCCAUCGAAGCCGUGACACAGACUGGUUUUGUGGCAGAUCAAAUACAAGCCACACUACCAGGCUCAUGGAUUAACUGUGGCGGAGGCGGCCUAGGCUGGUCUGGCGGCGGUGCCCUAGGUAUCAAGCUCGCUACCGAUUAUGAAGGCAAGAAGCGCUUCGUAUGCCAGAUCGUGGGCGACGGCACCUAUCUGUUCUCUAUUCCGGGCUCUGUCUAUUGGAUCUCGAGGCGCUAUAACAUCCCAAUAUUGACCAUCGUGCUCAACAAUAAGGGCUGGAACGCGCCGAGAAAGAGUAUGCUGCUUGUUCACCCGGAUGGAGAAGGCUCUAAAGUCAACAAUGAAGAGCUCAAUAUCUCCUUCGCGCCGACUCCGGAUUAUUCGGGUAUUGCGAAGGCCGCGGCAGGAGGUGAUAUUUGGGCUGCACAUGCCAGCACUGCGGACGAGUUGGCGAAACUGCUGCCUGACGCCAUUCAGAGCGUGUUGAAUGGGAGGACAGCUGUGCUAGAUGCGCACCUUGAAGGUCCGGGGGGAAAGUAUGUCGGCGGAAACGCAAAACUGUAA